CACAUUUUCCGAUUCACGAUGCCACGAUUUGACGUAACCCCUCCGCGGUCCCAUUCAGCAGCAAGUGACUGUUGCGUAAAUAACGCAGUUUGCGUUCGUCGGUCGCAGUGACAAAGAGAACGAGCUCGGACCGACGGAGAAGAAAUAUAAAAGGAAAUUUCUGAAUUACCGUGGGAAUUCUGUUCGUCUUUUCCAGUCGGAACAACGCGUUUGUCUUGUUGCUUUAACACCCGCGUGUAUUUCGGAUUUCUUAUUUUCUGAUCCUUUUGCAUGGAGUUAAGUGGGUCGGAGCGGCCGAGGAUAUCAGUCUUGAAAUUGGGCAAUUGGAAAAUUCUCAUUCGUAUCGUUGGUUAGAGCAAGGAAGCCGCCAUGGCUGGUGCUACUGGAUCGUUGAGUCUCCACCUCAAUAUAUGAAAAAUACUGCAUGGUUCAUCAUUGUGAUGAGAAACCAUACCGAUUUCUCAGCGGUUUGAGGCUAUAUUAGACACCGACUGUCUGUGUUCUUUGUGUAAAUCUCUUCUAGUCAGAAAGAGACGAGGAUUUGUGGGUUUUGGAAACUGGGCACAGGCCAAUUUCACGAGAAGACUGACCAGAUUUAUUUGAUGCUUCGUCGCUAAUAUAACAGAACUGAAUAGCAAUAGAAAAACAACCAGGAGAAAUGAUUUGAAAGCAAGACUGUCGAUGGACAGGAGGUUGAAAGCUCACUGAAGAAAACGACCGAGAAGGAUCCCCGGAUAGUCAAGUUGAAUUCACCCAUUUUCCUCAUUAUUUCGGUCGGGGAUAACCAAGUCCCUGCAAGUCGAAACGGAUUCGUACACAAGAAAAACAUACCUAUUUUACUCCGAGAGACGCGUGGGAUAUUGGAUUGAAAAUGUCCGGUCGGCCUAGAACCACCUCCUUCGCAGAAAGCUGCAAGCCAGUACCGCAGCCGUCGGCAUUUGGCAGCAUGAAAGUCAGCAGAGAUAAAGAUGGCGGUAAGGUGACCACAGUAGUGGCAACCCCUGGACAAGGACCUGACCGGCCACAGGAGGUCAGCUACACUGACACUAAGGUCAUCGGUAAUGGCUCUUUUGGUGUGGUGUAUCAGGCAAAGCUUUGUGACUCAGGAGAAAUGGUGGCCAUUAAGAAAGUCCUUCAGGACAAGCGAUUUAAGAACCGUGAGCUGCAGAUCAUGAGAAAAUUAGACCACUGCAACAUUGUGCGUCUGCGUUACUUCUUCUACUCCAGUGGAGAUAAGAAAGAUGAGGUCUAUCUGAACCUGGUUCUGGACUACGUCCCUGAGACGGUGUACAGAGUUGCGAGACACUACAGCCGUGCUAAGCAGACCCUUCCUAUGGUUUAUGUGAAGUUGUAUAUGUACCAGCUCUUCAGGAGCCUGGCCUACAUUCAUUCCUUCGGGAUCUGCCAUCGUGACAUAAAACCCCAGAACCUUUUGCUGGAUCCAGAGACGGCCGUGCUUAAACUUUGUGACUUUGGCAGUGCUAAGCAGUUAGUUCGUGGAGAACCCAAUGUUUCUUACAUAUGCUCACGGUACUACAGAGCCCCUGAGCUCAUCUUUGGAGCGACUGACUACACCUCCAGCAUAGACGUUUGGUCAGCUGGCUGCGUGCUGGCGGAACUGUUGCUAGGGCAACCCAUUUUCCCCGGCGACAGUGGAGUGGAUCAGCUGGUGGAAAUCAUCAAGGUGCUGGGCACUCCCACACGCGAGCAGAUUCGGGAAAUGAACCCAAACUACACCGAAUUCAAAUUCCCGCAGAUUAAGGCCCAUCCAUGGACUAAGGUGAGUAAACAGGUAUUCCGGCCACGCACGCCUCCUGAAGCCAUCGCUUUAUGCUCCAGGCUGUUGGAGUACACACCCACUGCUCGCCUGACCCCGCUCGAGGCCUGCGCUCAUUCCUUCUUUGAUGAACUGCGGGAUCCAAAUGUCAAACUUCCAAACGGGCGCGAGAAACCGUCCUUGUUUAACUUCACAACUCAAGAGCUGUCCAGUAACCCAUCCCUGGCCUCAAUUUUAAUUCCUGCUCAUGCACGUAACCAGGCAGGAGCCUCUACUCCAACCAACGCCUCUGCCAAUUCAGAUGCCAACAGUGGAGAUCGUGGUCAGACCACAACCGCAGCCUCUGCCUCCGCCUCCAACAGCUCGACCUGAGUGCCCCAGCCAAUCAGACCUGACCCUCCCUCCAAGGCCACGCCCACCCCCACUGCUCACCAGCUUGAUGGGCAGGGUUUGAAUCAUAUGUAACCGCCACUCUAUUUCAGACUGCAAGAGCCAACCUUCAUUUACUUGUUUUUUUUACGAAGCUCAGAGAAAGAGUUAAUCAUGGUGUAUCAAAUGUCAUUUGUGGAAAGAGCGAUCGAAUGAGAGAACAGCACAUUGGGUGUCAGGUGGGGGGCGAACCUUAAACCCAGGUCUGUGAUCAGCCGGAACGUUGUUCAUUCUCAGAGGACAAUCUUGUUAUCUAAGCAAUCCGGUAGCCAGAUCCAGGCACUUCCUUAACGUUUAAAUCUGUCACCCGGAUCCUCCACACCGUUUCCUCUGUUCUGAGCUCUUAUAGCGCAUGGCUUGAAUUUGGUUAGGAGCACACCUCGUAUAUACAUAUAUAUAUGUAUUUAGUUUGUAUAUAUGUAUAUGCAUUGGAUGACAUGCAGAACACAAAAGGUAAUGAUAAUGCUACACAAAACUGUAUCUAUUAAACACAACGCAUUAAAAGUAAAUGCUACCGCAUGUUCGAAAAACAGAGGAGUUUUAAAUGCUAUUCUGAUUUAUUUUGUUUUAUAAUGAAAGGUGGGCUGGGUUAGGGAGGGGCAAACGUUUUUAUUGACGGGUGCGACGUGUUCAACCCGUCUCUAUCUCUGUGUUGUUGUAUAAUAUAUACAUACACAGUUUAUAUAUUACUUUGCAUUAUGUAAUAUAAAUAUAAAUAUAUAGUUAUAUAUAGAUCUUUAUCUAGCAUCGAUUUAGAAUCCAUAACGUUUUUCAAUGCAGCGCCCAAUUUUGACGCUGACCAAAAAUAUACAGUUACGACUUGGACGGAGUGGUUUUUAGCAAACGUUUCGUUCUUUCUGUCGUUUCUUUCGUUUUCCUGUCCAUCUCCACUUGUUAUUUAUUGUUGCUUGUGCGUCAGUGUCACAUUAGACAUCACUUAUUCAAACAGCGAGUUAAAGCUAAUGUAAAAAAAAAAUCACAGAAUUGCCACAAAUUGUUACGUGCUGGUUGACCGUUUUCAUUUUUAAUUUUUUACUGUUUUUUUUUUGUGCGCUAUUUGCAACGGCUUGUUUGUUUUACCACUACUUGACUACUUUUAUCAUCUUUUUAUCGUUUCUGUACCCAUCUCAGCAUACUUUUAACCUGCUCGUGGAAAUAUUUCGUCUUAACAGCAUAAGAAACGACAAAAAAAUCACGUAUAUAUAAAUAUACACACAGCACAGUUGCUCCUCACCAAAUUCCGGCUUCCUUUUGUAUAAUUUUGCGAGCGUGUGCGAAUGUGUAUGCGUGUGUACAUAUAUGCUGACCUGAGAACUGUUAAUGAUCGAAAACAGACUUAAGGGAUUGCGUGAAAAAAUAUGUUACAAAUACAAAAAAUGAAAAAAAGAUCAGGGCGAAAAUUAACUGUUUGUUGGAUGCUGUAGACAAGGAGCUUUCUCCAGCCAUAUAGUUCAAUCUUAUCUGUACAGUAGGUGCCAGCUAUAUUAUUGUAAUUAUAACUAGUUAUGUAUAGUGUAUCUAUAGUUUGGAGUGCCUUUGCUUCCAUACACUUCCCGUCUGAGACCACACCCCUUCCUGAUGACACACGUGACAGGCCACACCCCUUUCGGUGACCCUCUGCGAGUGCUGUUGAUCGGUCAAGAAGCCUCUUCAAGAGACACGCCUCUGUCAUUUUGUAGUACAACCACUUCUUGAAAACCACAUGCGCAUUGAUAGCAUAGAUGUUUUUAUUCAUUUUAAGUGGAGAUUUAGCACGUUAAAGUAUUGGCACAGAGAUCGUAUGGGGAGGAAGUUCCUGUGGAGCCAAUAACGGUGUAUGUCCUUGUUCCACUACCAAAGUGAACCAACUAUGACCGCGCUGGGGCAAUAAUACUUAUUUCUUUGUGUUCGUGCUAGCACCGAAGAGUAUGUUGGUCAGCCGACAGUACGCGGUAGAGACGUCACGUAGCACCUGCCGGUCCCUCAUCCCUGUGUAAAGCUUGCUUGUAAGAUACGCGUUCAUAGAUGUGUUGCUUCCCACCACUUCUCGUAAAGUUAAACACGUAAAGAGACGAGAGGAAAAUAAAAGACAAAAAAUUGUUUCAAGGACUGUGGGGUAAAUACAUACAUACAUUGCAUUACAGACACAUAUUUGGGAUAAACUUGUCUUGGGUUAAAGCUAAAAAAAGAAAGACACAAAAAAUACAACCUGUAUGACAUUAAUAUUACUUGAAUGCCUCUGUUUGUGACUGAAAUUUUUAUUUUAUUUGAAAUACAAUCUUUUUUCUGUGAAGGUAUGCUAAAUGUCUCCUCUCCUUUGUAAAUAUGUCCGUUUUGGUCCUUGGUGUGACUUGGAUUCAGAGACUAGUUACCUGGUACUGUAAUUUGCAUUAAAUAAAGAGUAGGAUAGCUUGGAAAUGA